AUGGAGGUUCUUGGAGCUAAGGCUCUAAGAAAAAAAUUGAGUAUUGAAGAGUGUGUUUCUGACAGCGUCCCUCUCCGGAGUGCCGUUAAAGAGACCGGAGCUCUGUCCCUGGCAGACCACGGCCACGUGACUACGAAACCCGUUGCCAGCGGCGCGGCCAUUUUUGAGGCGGGCACCCAGACCUCGUGCCCCGGGGAGCCUGGAUUUGGGGAUGGCCACCGCGCCCGCCGGCUCGUCAGCUACCCCGCUCAUCAGUCCCGAGCCGCACGAGCCACACUCGGGCUACACGCCGAGGGCCCGGAGUGCAGGGUGGAACGCGCGGGCCGAACUCUGGCCGUCGGCCGGGGGCGGGGCGUCCUCCCUCCCUCCGGCCGCCGCCAAUCAGCGCGCGGAGCCCGCUCGCCAGGGGCCGCCCGCGCGCGCGGGGUGUGUGAGGACGCGCUCCCGGCCGCCGCGGAGAGCCUGUGCGGAGCAGCAGUUGCUGUGGUACCUGCCGCUGACCGGGCUGACGCGGAGCAUCGGUGGCCGGAAGGUGAAGCCAUGACGUCUGUCAGUGAAAAUAUCCUCUUUGGGAUGGGAAAUCCUCUUCUUGACAUCUCUGCUAUAGUGGACAAAGACUUCCUUGAUAAGUAUUCUUUGAAACCAAAUGACCAAAUCUUGGCUGAAGACAAACACAAGGAACUGUUUGACGAACUUGUAAAAAAAUUCCAAGUUGAGUAUCAUGCUGGUGGCUCUACCCAGAAUUCAAUUAAAGUGGCUCAGUGGAUGAUUCAGCAGCCACACAAAGCAGCAACCUUUUUUGGAUGCAUUGGAAUAGAUAAAUUUGGGGAGAUCCUGAAGAGUAAAGCUGCUGAAGCCCAUGUGGAUGCUCAUUACUAUGAGCAGAAUGAGCAGCCGACAGGAACUUGUGCUGCCUGUAUCACUGGUGACAACAGGUCGCUUAUAGCUAAUCUUGCUGCUGCCAAUUGUUACAAAAAGGAAAAACAUCUUGACCUGGAAAAAAACUGGAUGUUGGUAGAAAAAGCAAGAGUUUACUAUAUAGCUAUAAACUUAUAAAAAGACAGAGGUAUAGAAAUCAAAAACAG